CAAAGGACACAACCAGAGAAAGGGACACUCCAAUCACCUAAAAGGCCCCACUGACUUCCAUGGUCUGACAGUCGUCAUUGUCCUUAGUGAACCAUCCAAGUAUGUAUAUGACAUUAAAUUCCCCAAAACACAAAUCCCUGCCCCAAAGAGCUUACAAUAAAGAACCAGUAUGCUGUAGUAGCUCUAGCGUUUGGCUUUGGUAGGGGUGGCCCAUGUUAAAAUCUCAGCUCAAUUAUGAAUUGCAUUGGGGCGAUUUUCAGCCAGAUAUUAUUCCUGCUCAGUUAAACCUACCCCAAAGGGUUGUUGUGAAGAUUACAUUUGGAAAAGGUAAGCCUUCUGUGUCAUGGAAUAAAAACAUAGCUGAAUAAAAAGCAAACAAUGUGGGGGGUUAUGAAGCCAAAAAGGGGGAGCCAAGAAUAUAAAGGCAUGGAGGUGAACACAUUCAGCUUCAGCUUCAGUUCUUCAGCUUCAUGUAAGUUGUUUAAAACUUCUGUGUUUUAAUGUUAUAAGCUGCCCUGGGACUGAAGGUGACGGGUAGAUAAAUCAGCAGCAACAGCAGUAUCUGGCGUCUGGCAUGGUCCCUGAUUUUCUCAUUCUGUUAAGCACGUGCCUAACUGUUUUGAUCAAUGGGAAUAAAAAAUACUGCUUGACUUUGGUUGCAACCAUAUUUUCCUCCUCCCCUAUGAAAUUACUCUGCACUACAAGCACCGCUGGUGUCACACACAAACACAGAGCCAUCGCAUUCAUUGCUGUGCUUUUUGCACAUGCUUUUCCAAAGGUAAAGCAGCAUUGUGGUACAUUUACAUGUCUGACAUCAUAGCUAGCUGACUUCAUAGGCAUCUACAAAAUCCCUUCUGUCCUGUCCUCUGAGGCAUGUGACAGACCAGAAGCCGCUCUUUGGAGUGAAGGCAGCCAGCAGAAAGAAGGCUGACUAGGAAAUAACGUAAGCUCCAUUGUAACACUUCUGCAGUAGGCUCCUUGUGAUUAGACAUCACCAGCUUGCUUGGACAAUAAGCUAAUAAUUUAGCUCCACCGUUAUGGGCAGUGGAGUCAGCUCAGAGUCUAAAGAAUCAGCCAAAAGGUCACGGGAACUUGAAAAAAGGCUCCAAGAAGAUGCCGUGAGAGAUGCCAGGACAGUCAAGUUGCUCUUAUUGGGAGCUGGAGAAUCAGGGAAGAGCACUAUUGUGAAACAAAUGAAGAUCAUCCAUAAAGAUGGCUAUACAGAACAGGAAUGCAGAGAGUAUAGAUCUGUGGUUUACAGCAAUAUGCUACAAUCCAUUCUGGCUAUUGUCAAGGCAAUGUCCACAUUAGGAAUUGAAUAUGGGAACUCAGAAAGCAAAGAAGAUGAAAGGCAGCUUUUGGCAAUUGCAGAUUCCAUGGAAGAUGGCACCAUGUCUUCUGAACUGGCUGGGAUCAUCAAACGUUUGUGGAAGGAUUCAGGGAUUCAGGCCUGCUUUGAAAGAGCAUCAGAGUACCAACUGAAUGACUCAGCUGCCUACUAUCUCAAUGAUCUGGAGAGGAUAACAGCUCCUGGCUACGUCCCAAACGAGCAAGAUGUCCUUCGCUCACGAGUAAAGACAACAGGAAUUAUUGAGACACAGUUUUCAUUCAAAGAUUUGCACUUUAGGAUGUUUGAUGUGGGAGGACAACGAUCUGAGAGGAAAAAGUGGAUUCAUUGCUUUGAAGGAGUUACUUGCAUAAUAUUCUGUGCAGCUUUAAGUGCUUAUGACAUGGUCCUGGUGGAAGAUGAAGAAGUGAACCGAAUGCACGAGAGUCUCCACCUGUUCAACAGCAUCUGUAACCACAAGUACUUUGCAACCACUUCUAUUGUGCUCUUCCUAAAUAAGAAGGAUCUCUUCCAAGACAAAAUAUUGAAAGUUCAUCUCAGUGUCUGCUUUCCAGAAUAUGAUGGAUCAAACACAUUUGAAGAUGCAGGAAAUUACAUCAAGAACCAAUUCCUAGAUCUGAAUUUAAGAAAAGAGGACAAGGAGAUCUACUCCCACAUGACCUGUGCCACCGAUACGCAGAAUGUUAAGUUUGUGUUUGAUGCUGUGACAGAUAUCAUCAUCAAAGAGAACCUGAAGGACUGUGGGCUCUUUUAGCUCUUCACCCUGAGCCACCGUCAUCCUGCUGUUUCUCUUCCCUGUGGUCUCUCUCUUUCAUUUGUAGGAUGUUUCUGGUUAAGGAUGCCACCUUGCACAUACAUUCCUGAAAGUAGGCUUUCAUUGCAACCUCUAGGGCUUACUUUUGAGUAGGGAUGGAUGGAUGGAUCAGUCUGCUACUAGUUUGUGUCAGUUCCCCAUCUGUGUGUUCAUAAGUCUCUUUUAUCCCAUUUCUUUAAAAAAUGUGACUUUAAAAAAAAUUGAAAGUUCAUAAAUAUGUAUUUGAACAUGUAUAUUAUCACAAGAUACAUAUUUAAAUACAUCAUCUAUCUCAAUGCACACCUUUCUAAUCACAUACAGUAUAAUCCCAAAAUAUGCUCCUUGAGCAUUUUGGUGUUUUUUCAGCUGACCUAGCAAAACUCAGAGAACUGGGAAAUCUGAAGGAUAUUUACAUUCUGAUCCAUGGAUUAAUUUGGAAGGUAGGUUGAUUUGCUUAAAUAUGUGAGCUAGAACUUUUUUCCUCCAUCCCUACUUCAAAGUAAACAUGCAUUGGUUUAAACUGCAAAAGCAAAAAGAGAGAAGGAGACACAAUACUCUAAAUGCUAGUCCUUUUUGAUUUGCUAAAAUGUUUGUGUCACGCCACAAUUUAAUUCAGCCAAAUCGGGUAGGGUAACUUCAUUGCAGGCACAAUGUUCUCCCUCCCUUCUAAUUUAAUCUUCCAAAAUUCUUUUGAUCUUACUGAGAAUUUUUGUUUGCCUGUACCCUACUGCAAUCUGAAAUAAGAUGGUGGUAUAACACACCCAAUUCUAAAUGUUUCCAUUGGCAAAUUUGCUUACAGUGCCAGAAAUCUCUUUCUUGACACAGAGUUGUAAUUGGCAUUGCUUCAUGGGUGUUGAUUAACUGGUGCUACAAGCUUCAUGAUAAUGAUAUAUUACGAACACAAUUCUGCCAAAGUUAAGCACUGCUAAGUUCAGUUGAUCACAGUGGAAGAUAAUGAAGCCCGUACUUAACUUUCCUGGUGAAAUCCAUUGGAUCAUGUUGACUGGAUCAUGUCCUAAUUUUUUUCCUUGCAGAUGCUGAAAUAAAAAUGCCCUUGCUAUCACAUCAGUGGGAUUAAUAGAAAAAUGAUAAAUAAAAGGAAUUCUUACUGCUUGUGAUAUCAUCCUCUGGAUAAGAGGCUGCUGUCUUCUAUCCCCCACCCCACCCCCCCAAAAAAAGUCUUAAGCGGCAAGUCUUCUGACACCUUUGUCUAUCUGUUGGGUUAAAUUUCAUAGCAUGGUCUCUCUUAAUAGAAAACCAAAGCAGUUUUUGUCUAUAAAAUGUAUGCAAAUGUUGCUAUAUCACCAAAAGCUUGUUUGGAUAAGUAGGUUUUAAUUUGCCUACAGAAACUCUGUAAUGCCAGAGCGGGACCAAGAGGAUAAUAAAACAGGGAACAUGAUAGAUAAAGUUGUGCUUCCUGCUUUUGCUGAACUUAGACUAGUUCAUUGGCUGAAUCUGAAAGAAACAGGGAGAAGCCAGCACCAAGCUGUGCAAGUAUUAGGGUGGUUUAAGGCUUCAAAAAGUUAAAUUGAGUGCCGAAGCUCAUAGGAAGUCAACAUGACUUGAAAAUAGAUCUGAUUGAUUCACAGCUGU